CUUUAACUCAUAUCAUUGUUCCAUGUCAAAGAUGAAGAGCGACGAUUCCCAUUCGAUUGCGGCAAGUGCUCGAUCAUACUUCUCGAAAUUGUGACGGUGCCUACUGGAGUCUGGAGUAUCUUCCCUCUCAGGACAUGCGUGAAUGGUUUCAACAUGCGUCUGAUCCACACUCGGACAUGUCGAUUACAAGAUUUCUCUCAGGGUGAAAUCCCACCUUAUGCGAUUCUUUCUCAUACCUGGGGCGAAGAGGAAGUUUCCUUUCAAGACAUGUCUUCAGCACGAUGCCAGCGGUAUAAGGGCUAUGCUAAAAUACUCCAGGCGUGCAAGGUCGCUGUACGGGAUGGACUGGAGUACAUCUGGAUCGAUACCUGCUGUAUUGAAAAAGCAAGUAGUGCUGAGCUGAUAGCAUCUAUCAACUCAAUGUAUGCUUGGUACUCAGAUGCGGCGGUUUGCUAUGUGUACCUCGAAGAUUUCGAACCAGACUCGGAUAUUGAAGACAGCCUCCCAAGAUGUCGUUGGUUUACUAGAGGAUGGACUUUGCAGGAACUUCUGGCGCCCAGAUAUGUCGAGCUUUAUGACAAGAAUUGGAACUUUCUGGGGACAAAGCUCGACUUUGUGGAUGGCAUUUCGACGACCACGGGGAUUCAACGAACGGUCCUUCUAGGGGGGAAGGCAAUUUCCGACUGCUCCGUUGCUAUGAGAAUGUCAUGGGCUGCCAGACGGCAGACAACUCGUGUUGAGGACAUGUCAUACUGUCUGCUAGGCAUUUUCGACAUACACAUGUCUCUGAUCUACGGUGAAGGUACCGCAGCUUUUCGUCGACUCCAGGAGGAGAUCGUCAAGCGCAACAAUGACACGACAAUAUUCGCAUGGGAGAAUGAUCUGUCCCAAGACCAGAAGUUGUUGGGUGCCUGGGCGCCGUCACCUGCAUCCUUCAAGGGCUCUCAAGCCACCCCUUUUGCUCAGGACUUUCCCAACCUUUCCGUCACUAACAAGGGUAUCCUGGUCUCUUCCGAUAUGCACAUUCGGGCUGUCUUUACAGAAACAUGUGACCGCCUUGGACGCAAGUAUUCCCUAGAGUUUGAUUCCUAUCUUCUAUUCUUGGGUCAUAACGAAACACGGUGACUCUGGCGGGAUCUAUCUUCGGAAGAUAGGUCCCGAUCUUUUUGUGAGCCCUCGCACUCUUUCAUAUUCUCCUAGAGACUGGCGGCUUCCACCUGAUAUGAUUAGUCUUUAUCGGAUAUCUACGCUGUAUAUAAGGAUUUGCAGUCUCCUCUCACAUAUUUACACACUAUACCUCCCUUUCUCAUCGUUGCAUAUCUACAUUUCUAGGAUUCUACUAAUCGGAGAAAGUGUCGUGACGGCACAAGACAACUUGCAGGGUUUGGACGGCCAGACACUAUACCGAGGAAAGAAAGUUACCGAGCGACGAACUCCCAAUGCUAUGUUCUUACCGACGUCCCUUCUCGGAUUCACGGCCUAAUAUCUGAAUCUCGGAAACAUGCUAUUCACAUACCUUUGACGUCGGAAGUGCCACUGAGAUUCAAAGGGAUGGUACCAGUACCUUUGUGGGAUCACGCAGACCGCAUCGUGCUUCGCCCGCAUCAAUUUCAUUCGGGUCCGAGUUAUCCCAUGGUGCUCGCCUUCUCCUUUCACUAUUCUGGUUGGGACCAAAAAUUCAAGCUUGACGUAUUCUGCGACUAUAGGACUGACACGCCUCUUUGCAAACUAUCCAGGCCUAAUGAGGACCGCAACGAAAUUUUCAGGGGAAAAUACCAGUGGGAAUUUCUGUUCUGGCAUGAGAAGGAUGCUGAUU